UGCUCCUCCCACUGGACAGCAGCAAAAGAACGACCCAGAGCAUCCCUACGGUACGACGAGAUGGGUUGGUUUCCGCUCAUCUGUCGCCAUGGAGUCGUCCUCGCCUAUACGGACAUGAUCAAGGAGCACGAAAACGCGAAGUUCCCUUUGGCAUUAGUCAAGUGGCUCGGAGAGAGAUACUCUGGUCGCAUAUCUUUCGGUUAUGACAUAGGAUGCAGCUUUGCGAAAACAUUCCAGCAUGCCCCACUGCUUUCCCGCCUAGCCAAAUCGGAUUCCCGCAUUCAGUUCCAUGUUGGCGCUUGGCACGGAUAUGCACACAAUCGUGAAUGCCAAGUACGGUAUCACCCACGCUUGACAUCCACAGCUGGCUUAGAGGACUUCGAAGGCUGCGAAAGGCUGUUUUCCUAUACCAACGGGAUUGCGGGUGUCACACGCAGUGCAACACGAUACCACCGGCAUCAACAGCUGGAAUGGGUCAUAAAGCAGUGGAAUAGCGACAAGCUGUUACAUUUAGGUCAGUUU